CGCAAGCCGGCUAAGGCAGGAAGUGGGGCUCGGAGUCGUGGGCGGCGUGACAUUCAGCGGCGGGGACUGGAAGCGUGUGCGCUGCCCGUCAUGUUGAGGUGCCGGAGGAUCGUGGGCUCCGCGUUGCCUCGGCGACAGCUGUUUUUUAAUAGCUGCAGAUGGUGCUCUUCAGGAAUUAUUCCCAAUGAAAAGAUCCGCAACAUAGGAAUUUCUGCACACAUUGACUCUGGAAAGACUACGUUAACUGAACGCAUUCUUUUCUACACAGGAAGGAUAGCACAAAUGCACGAGGUAAAAGGGAAAGAUGGGGUUGGUGCUGUCAUGGAUUCAAUGGAGUUGGAACGACAACGGGGGAUCACUAUCCAGUCUGCAGCAACUUUUACCAUGUGGAAAGACACCAACAUUAAUAUAAUUGACACCCCAGGACACGUUGAUUUCACUAUAGAGGUAGAGAGAUCACUGAGAGUUCUUGAUGGAGCCAUCCUGGUGCUGUGUGCUGUCGGAGGGGUUCAGUGCCAGACAAUGACAGUGAAUAGGCAGAUGAAGCGGUAUAAUGUCCCGUUUUUGUCCUUCAUCAACAAACUGGAUCGAAUGGGUGCAAGUCCAGACAGAGCCAUCCAACAACUUAGAUCCAAGCUGAACCACAAUGCUGCCUAUAUUCAGAUACCUAUGGGUUUGGAGGGAAAUUUCAGAGGGAUCAUUGAUCUCAUUGAAGAAAAAGCUAUAUACUUUGAAGAUGACUUUGGCCAAACGGUUAAAUAUGACGACAUUCCCCCUGAGUUCAGAGCAGAGGCUACCGAUCGCCGCCAGGAACUGGUUGAAUGUGUUGCAAACUUAGACGAACAGAUUGGGGAGCUUUUUCUUGAAGAGAAAAUCCCAACAGUGACUGACUUGAAGCUUGCGAUCAGAAGGACAACACUCAGCAAAUCCUUCACACCUGUGCUGGUAGGAAGUGCUCUGAAGAACAAAGGUGUGCAGCCGCUGUUGGAUGCUGUUCUGGAAUACCUCCCAAACCCAUCCGAAGUCCAGAACUAUGCGAUUUCCAACCAGGAGGAUUCCAAGGAAAAAUCUAUGAUUUCGCUGAGCUCUGUCAGAGACAGUUCCUUGCCUUUUUUGGGCCUGGCAUUUAAACUUGAGGCUGGGCGUUUUGGACAGCUCACCUACGUGCGUGUUUAUCAGGGGAUGCUAAAGAAAGGCGAUUCCAUCUACAAUACCAGGACUGGGAAGAAGGUCCGGGUGCCAAGACUGGUCCGCAUGCAUGCAGACACGAUGGAGGAUGUGGAAGAGGUUUAUGCAGGAGACAUCUGUGCAUUAUUUGGCAUCGACUGUGCUAGUGGGGAUACAUUUUCAGAAAAAUCUAACACUGACCUUUCCAUGGAAUCUAUUCAUGUCCCUGAUCCUGUCAUUUCAGUGGCAAUGAAGCCAUCCAACAAGAAUGACUUGGAUAAGUUUUCAAAAGGCAUUAACCGCUUCACAAAGGAAGACCCCACUUUCAGAGUUCAUUUUGACAGCGAGAGCAAAGAGACCAUUGUUUCAGGAAUGGGAGAACUGCACCUGGAAAUCUAUGCACAGAGAAUGGAAAGAGAAUAUGGUUGUCCUUGUGAGACCGGGAAGCCUAAAGUAGCAUUCAGAGAGAGCAUUGUGUCAACUGUACCGUAAGUGUUCACUCUGGCAUGUGAGAGCCACCACACCAAGGCCAGAAAAUAAUUUGCAUUGGUCCUUAUACAUGUAGGGGUUUCUGAACCUGCGUAAGCCUAUUUUAUUG